CCGGUGGCUCAGGUGUCAGGAGAGACACUGUGGUGUUUAACAGCCGUUGCGCUCUACAGCACCUGAAGGAUCAGACUGACUUCAAACCAGUCAUUCCCAGCACAAAGACCUCACUUCCCAUGAGACCGCUCACAUAAUGAAACCACACUCUCUGUUCCUGCUGGUUUACCUACUUGGAUUCAUCUUUGCAGGAAGGUCGAGUGCGCAGACAAAUGCAUUAUGUACAACAUGUGGUCUGGAUGCAACGUCUCAGUUCCUGCAGUGUGUGGGAUUACCUUCCACAGACACUGGGAAAGACCACAUACAAAAACUCAAAGCACUGCUUGGAGCUACAAUGGACCUGUACACCUUCAUGAAGUCCAGCAUGAAAGGCGUGCCUCUCCUCAACCUGGAAGGAGCUCUGGAGUUAAGACCAGAUGCACACGUUCUCCAAAAUGAAGCUCUGGUCCAGAUGUGGGUGGAGGUCCAGAUGAUACCUCUGCUGAACUCUAUCACCAAACACUUCCUGUCAUGUCUCAGCACCAAGAACUUCAGCUGCUCCACCUACCAGAUCAUUGUGAGGGAGAUCAGUCAGUAUUAUUCUGAUAUGAAUCCUGAAAGACAACAGUGGCUCUACAACUUCUUCAUGUACCCCUUCCUCUCUGGAAACGCAGUUGCUGGUUGUGUGAAUCCAGGUGAAACCAGUGAGGAGUGGCUGCUGAAGAAUUUUGGUGCAUUUAGAGCGAUGGGUCGACUGAAUGACUUCUCUUCUCUCAACUUAGUCUUCAGUGGAUUGGAGGUUCUCAACCUGCUGUCUCCAACCCAAAAGGCCGAGCUGCUUUUGAGUCCUGGGGUGGAGAAUCUAGACAACGGGACGUUGUCCCUUGUCUUCCACAGUUUGCUGACAGGAGGAUCUUCACCCACGUUACCUUCUACAUAUAACCCAUACCCAAAAUCGUCUCAAAACACACUCACACAGGUUUUGAAUGGAUUCAGUGUGGCGUUCACAACAGUUGGAAGUUUUGCUCAUGAAUUUGUUUCCUUCACCAAUCAGAGGAAUGUGUCCGAAAUAAAAGGCACCACUUUGACUCAGUUCUUGCUCAACUUUACUCUGUCUGAGUUGGCGAACAUCUACCAGUCACAGAACUCGUCCUCGGCCUCUGAGACGGCUCAGUUUGAUGUGAUGAAUGUGGACGACUGGUAUCAGCACGUUGUCAUCCCGGUGUUGCAGACGUUCUGGCCCAGCGAGGGAGACCUGAUGCAUGAAAACGUCACACUUGCUUUUCACGAACUGUUCUAUUUAAACAAGAGUGUGGAGAACACCACUUCUGAAAUCCAGGACGUCUGCAGCAUGACCCUUGAUAAGACCCCCUGUGGGUUGACUGAUGAUGUGGAGCAUGUGGCCAACGUUUUACACUGCGCUGCUCGAACCAACCUGACGAUGACAGAGACUACGGUCCUGAGGCUAAUCGAUGAGCUCAUGAGACGUCUGAACUCCCUGAUCAAAGAGUUGUCCACAGCAAACUUCGGAGAGCUCAUGUCGGAUUUUCAGGCAAUAUUUAGUGAGGAGGAGCCUCCGUCUCUGACCCAGCAGCACCUGGAGGACCCAGGAUUCAUCAAGUUGUGGUUCAGGACCAAACUGUCGCCCCUCCUGCCUAACGUCUCCCCAACCCUUCUCUCCUGUCUGAGCACCAAGAACUUCUCCUGUCGUGCUUUCCAAACCCUGGUGGCAGCGCUGGGAUCAAGUUCCUUGACCGAUGAUUCCUCAUAUAAUAUCUACAAAUAUUUCAUCUUCUCUUUUCUCCAAAAUCACAACAGUUCUGACCCUCAGUGCAUCUCCUCGGCCAAUAACAGCGCAGUUUGGUUGGAAAACAACUUUGGGUUCUUCUCCCAAUUUGCCUCCAUCACUGACUUCUAUGACCUCAACCCUUAUUUCACUGGACUGGAGGCUCUUCCUGUUCUCUCAACGAUGCAGCUGGCACAGAUGCUGCUGCUGCCUCUCCGUACGCCGCCGGAGAAGGGCGUCGUUAUCAACCAGGUGUUUGACUUCCUGUUGGAGUCGCCUCAGAUCAUCGGGAGGUUUGAAGACACUUUGCUUGAUGUGGUCCAGCUCGCCAGAAAGGUGAAUCCUCCGUGUGAUGUCUACAGACUAAUAUUUGAGCGAAUGUACCAAGCCAUUUCAGCGUUCUCUCCAGACGUGGAACCAAUCAUCUGGGCUCGCAUCGAGGACCUGAUAAAUACUGCAUCGCACGAGUGCGUGCCAACACACAUCGCAUGCCCAGAAACCCCGAUCAAUGGAACUAAUGUCUGCAGAAGCAUCAACAGCUCUGAUCUGCAGUCCUACUGGAACACAUCCAUGCAAGUUUCCUGUAGUUUUCUCCUGGAGAGCUACGCUUGUGCAAAGCUGGAAGACUUCACAGCCAAUCAGCUGGCUUCUCUCAUGCUGUGUAAUCUGCCUGGAAACAGCGGCCAGUCCAGAAGGCUGUGGAAGAUGCUGUUCUCUGAACUCUCUGACGUUUUGGACCCAGCGCUCGACGUCCUGGCUAACAUGUCUGGUGGGAUGAUUGGAUCAUCAGCUCAGGUGAUUUUGGACGUGAUCUCUGAGAUGCGGCUGUCUUUGCUGACCAACGCAGACCUCAGGAAUAGCACAGUAAUCCAGCUGUGGUUCUCGGUUCGUCUGAGAAACUUCCUGCCGUUUGCAUCAGGAAGGUUCCUGCAGUGUCUGACCAUGAGGAACAUCAGCUGUCAGUCGUACCAGCAGAUACUGCAGGUGUUUAGUAAUCAGUUUGAGGUGAUGUCAUUACAAGAGCAGCACGAGGUCUUGAACAGUUUCAUCCUUCCUUUACUGUCCUCGCCUCAAUCAGGUCCAGGAUGCUUGUCUUCUUACAACAACAGCGCAGACUGGCUGACCAACUAUUUGGGUCCAUUUUCAAUGUUCCUUUCUGUCAAAGACCUGCUUGAUCUCAACCCCGAGUUUAACCCGCUGGGGGCCCUCCAGUUCCUCACACCAGUGCAGACUGCAGAGCUGCUGGUGCUGAAUAUCUCCUCACUUCCAAACAAAGACGCCAUUAUCAACCUGCUGUUUGAUUACAUGACUCAGUUGCCAAAGGAAAGGAACUUUACAGGUUUCCUCUCCCAACUCGUUGGGUUCCUCGAGAAGGGACGCUUUUCCUGCUCAUCAUACAAAACUCUUUUUACCCGACUGGACGAGGCUUUGGCCACAGUUCCAUCUGAUUUAUCUUCAUCCGUCUCAUACAGUAAAACUGCUUUACUCAGACAAAUACCCCCUGGUUGCAUCAUAUACAGUGGGCAGUGUAAGGUCACCCUCAUAAAUGAGACAGAAAUCUGUUUGGGGAAGAACAGCACCAAUCUUCAGCUCCAGAUCAACAGCAGACAGCUGAGCGGACGCGUUUGCGGCUUUACUGUCGGGGAACUGGCCUGUGCUUCGUUGUCAGCGUUAACAGCUCAGGACCUGGCGGAGCUAAUGACAUGUAAUCUCGUCUCUAACUCGAGUGGAUCCCUGGCCAGCUGGAAGCUUCUCCUCUCUAAAGCAUCUCUGGUUCUGGAUAAAGCUCUGGAUCUUCUGGCCAACUCAACUCUGGAGACCAACAGCUCUUCCGUACCUGUUAUUCUGGACGCCAUAAGAGAAAUCAGGCUGGAUGUUGUCAGCACGGCUGUUCUUAAUGAUCCCGCCUUCAUCCAGCUGUGGCUCAACAGCCGCCUAUACCCAUUCUUGCACACCGUUUCUACCGACUUCCUGACAUGUUUUGCCACAAAAGACCUGAACUGCAGCACCUACCAGAACAUUGUGCAGAUUCUGAGUCGAGUCAUGCCUCAAAUGGUGCCUUAUAAGCAGAUGUCUGUCUACACACACUUCAUUCAGGCUUUCCUGGCCAGGAACGACACCGUGGAUCCUGCCUGCAGCUUAUACAUUAAAAACAGUGCAGAGUGGCUGCAGAAGAACUUGGGAGGUUUCUCCUCCUUCAUCUCCACCCAGGAACUCCUACAGCUCCACUCCAACUUCUCAGUGCUGGACACCCUGUCACUACUCACUGUCCAGCAGCUGGCUUUUCUUUCUGCCAAACCUGGACAGCUCACAUCUCCUGACCAGGUUACCAUGGUGAUGAUGCACGUCUCUGACCAGCUUCUUGCAUCUUUCUUUGAUGGUUUGUCGACUGCCAUCAGUAGUCAAGAGAACACGAUUUCCUCCCCAGUGAGAUCCACCUUUUUGCAAAUUGUGUUUGAUCGUGCAAACCUCUCCUAUCCGUGGGUGGAUGACUCGGUUGUGACUCGGUGGCUUCAGGAUCGACUGCCUCCCCUUCUGAUCGGUCUGCCGCCUAACCAAGUCCAACCGUACUUUCAAAUACUGGCAGGAAGGAGCUGCGGCAUCCAGCAGCAGGGUGUGGCCAACCUCAACUUAACAAUCCCCACAUUGAGCCAAAAGACACAGCAAGAAAUCUACAAUUACAUCAUCCAGACUCUGAAAGGUCCGCCAUCCCUCCGCUGCUACAACUACAACAGCAGCUUCUACAGUUUUGUGGAGGGCUCGUUCUUGGGGUUCCAGUUCCCCAACCUGACGACCUUCCUGUCCCUCAUGCCUCAGGGCAGACUGUUUCAGCUGGUGAACUCCAUCCCUCCAUCACAACUUGCAAAUCUCCUGCAACGCCCACAUGUUGUGGAUGAUGAUGCUAAGCUGUGUGACCUCUACAACAACUACUACCAGACACCCAUGUUCCUGGCGACCGAGUCUCUGCCGGCGGAAGUUGGACGGCCCUCUCUGUCUUGUGUGUGGCCCACGGCCCUCAGCAGCCACAGCAGGUCGGAGGUCAAUAUUUGGUUUAACCAGAGCCUACAAAACUACUUCGUCUUCCUCACAAAGAGUCUGAUCAGUCCAGCAGUCACAGCCAACACCUCAUGCUUGGCCUUCCAGAAGCUUGUUUCAGUUCUUGAUGCAUUCAACUACACUGCAGCAGAUUUUGGGAAGUCAGAUGUAUUUGAGAUCAUCACAUCCUAUCUCUCUACAGAGUCCACACCAAAGUGCUACAACUCCAGUGACCCAGAGCUCAACUCGACAGCUUGGUUUGUAGAGUACAUCGGCCCGUUCAUGCCUUUCCUCACUCUGGAGGUUCUGCAGUCAUUUGGAUCUGAGGAGGUUAUCCAGGUGUUCACAGUAAAUCCUCUGAACAUCGCACUCCUCAGCCACUCAGCUUUACCUCAGAACCUCACCAACUUCUACACUCAGCUGAUCUAUCAACAGGACAGUAACUUCAACCCCUUACUUCUUCCUCUUUACUUUCGCUGCGUUGCUCCCGGGUUAGCGUUCACGCAGCUGACUGCAGCAGAAAGCAUGGUUGUUCUGCACAACUUCACCAACGUCUGCACAGACCCAGAUCCACAGAUUUUUGCAGCUUUAUCGAGCAACUUUGGAGACAACAUCGAUGCCUCGGUUAUCACUGCGCUGGGUGAUGAAAGCGCCAGCAUCUCUGCAGGUCAGCUCAUGAUGAUAAAGCCCGAGGACCUGAAGAACUCUCUAAACAUUCUGGCCAACGUGAUGAGCUGGAGCAAAGGACAGGCUACAGCUAUCAUUCAGUCCCUGACGUCUUCAGGGGUUUUCCAGAUCAACAGCUCAUCCUCGCUGGUGUCGCUGGGCUUUCUCAUCGUGGGCAUUCCCUCCACAGUUUUUGUCAGCAUCAGCGAUACCCAGAUCCUAAUGGCAUCCCAAAACCCAUCCAUCGUGGGGAACUUGAUGUCUGCUCCAGCAGUCGUCCAGCUGACAUUUGUCAAUAAGAUCAUAUCAGUGAGCAACACCAGAGAAACGAUCCUACAGAACGUUCCGGAUGAAAUGGCCACAGAGAUCCCUCGAGUUCUGCUGCAGGGGUUUACUGACAGCAGCAACGUUGUCACCAUGCUCAACAGGAAGACAUGGAAACGCCAGCAGGCUGAGCUGUUCUUUAAUGUCAUAGCUGUGGAAAAUGCUACAGCUGAGCUGGGAAGUCCAGACAAUUUAUCCUCGUCUGCGCUGCAAGGGUUCACAUGCACGAGCGUGAGGACGUUAUCAGUGGUGCAGGUUAAGAAGCUGAUCCGAGCCUGUCGAAGGACGAACCAGAACAAGGUCUCGCUGGAGGAGACUCAGCUGACAUGUAUGUACAACUAUGUGAAGGGAGAUCCAGAUGCCACCAGCUUUCAUUUAUACCCUCCCAAUAUGCUGCUGUACUAUGAUUACUCACUGGUGCCACAGAGCAGCUGCAGGUCCUAUUUUGCACAACUAGGCAAUGCAGACUUUUUCAUCUUCUCUUCGGUCCUCAGCUACAAGCGGACUGCUCUGUUUGUAAAUGCCAGGAGCUGCUUGGGUAUAACGAACACAAGCCUAACUUUGGACCACAUAUCCAUUUUGGGAAACAUGUGCUGCAUGCUGGAUGGAUCCUACAUCGUAAACUCUGACCCAUCCAUCUUGGAGACGCUGAAGAGCUGCCCGGAGCUCACUGCUGCUCAGGCAGCUGCAGUUGAAGCUCUGCUGACCAGCGGGAACACUACAUAUGGAGUUACUUCAUCAUGGAAUCGGAAUACUCUGAUUAACCUGGGGAUGCUGCCUUUGUAUUUAACCUCAACUUUUUACGGCAACUUUGACAAACGAACAAAGCGCACUUUCUUGGGUUAUUUCCUGAAAGUUCUCAACAAAAGCAGAGUGAGCAAACAAAAAACAAGAAGGCUGAAGCAACAAAUAAGAUUGUCUCUCACUGCUCGAUCGAAGCGGGCAACAGUCACCAACUGCAUGGUGGGAUCGAUCACCCAAGUGACGAUCAGCGAUAACACCUUCCCCUUCGACUACAGCGACAUAAACCAGUUCAACAGUUGCCUUAGCGCUGCGGUAGUCAAAGCUAACUUGCAGGCCAUUGCUUCGAUGGCUGAUCAAGAGGACUACCUCAAAAUUGUUCUCAGCAAGCUUCGAGAGGCUUAUAACUCCAGCAUCCCAGAAGACCAGGUUCAAGUCUUAGGUCCAGCGUCCCGCGUGGCUACGAUUGAUGACAUCAAAAUGUGGACCAUCACUCAGAUCGACACGCUUGCUGCAUUAAUGGACUCAUCAAAUGGGGUGUGGGACCCGACCUUGGCUAAAGCCAUUAUCACCAAAUAUCUGAGUGUGGGAGGGAACACACUUGGCAGUGCGGAGCUCAAUGUCAUCGGAGGGCCAAACCUGUGCUCCCUAGAUGUUAGCGUUCUCCGCAACAUUUCACAGCAAAGCCUCAAAAAUGCAGAUGCUUUGAACGUGUCCAGUUGCACUGAAGACAAAGUGACAGAACUGUUCAGCAUUGCCAUCCAAGCAUUCGCCAGCACCACUCGCGCAGCUGUCUCUGUGACCAUAUACCAGCUUCUACAAUCAUACAUGAGUGGUGCCAAUGUUGAUUUUAUCAAAAAAUUGGUGGCUGCCAACAUAAGCAUGGACCUGCCCACUUUCACAAGUUUGAAUGGGACCAUUGUACUAAAUUUGACAGUUAGUGAAGUUCAAGGUCUCCUUGGUACCAACCUGCCGCAGUUGAAGGAUUAUGAAAACCAAACCCUGGUGCAGCUUUGGAUCUCCAAUCAGCUGCAAUCACAGCUUGACACACUGAAUAUAGGUCUUGUGGGAGGCAGGGUUGGUCCUGUAACUGUUGGUGAAACCACAACUGUACCCAACACAGCGCCAUCCUCAGGUUCUGCCACAGCCCCAUCUACAGCCCCAUCCGCAGCCACUACAGACCCAUCUACAGCCCCAUCCGCAGCCACUACAGCCCCAUCUACAGCCCCAUCCGCAGCCACUACAGCCCCAUCUACAGCCCCAUCCGCAGCCUCUACAGCCCCAUCCGCAGCCUCCAACACUCCCUCCUCCAUCUCAACUUCAACUGCAAGCACCACUAAAUCUACAAUUACUUUAUCAACUACAGCUUCCACCACUAAACCUGCUACCACUGGUGCUGGUUCUCACAUCCAAGCAGACAUUUUUUCCUUCCUGGUUCUCCUCACACUCCUCAUCUCUUCUCAGCAGCUUCUAAUGUGAAGAAUCAAGUGGAUCACUGUUAUUCUUUGUUAAGUAAAAUCACUCAUUAGAAAAUGAUUUAUUUUUAUUUGACUUAUUGGAAGAAUUAAUGUUAAAGUUACAUUAAUAUGAAAAAAGUGUUUUCUGUGCAAUAAUAACACAACAGAUGUUAUGUUCUUGAUUGAUCAAAAGUGUGUUUUAUAAUUUGCUUUAUAUUUUUUGUGAAAGGGGGCAAAUUAUACUAUUUUGAAGUCUGAUGACAUAUUUGGAGAAAGUACUGGAAUAGGGAGUUGAUCAUUUUUACUUUAAUGCCCUCAGCUGAUCUCCUUUUCUCCUUUUCUUUUGAUGCAUUUUUUUCUCAUGCAUACAAACUGGUCAUUUCAUAGAAACCAGUUAAAACGUAAACCUAUUUUCAGCUGAACUGCAUGUUGGUUGUGUUUAUAAAACAGCAUCACAUUCAAAAAAAGUGGGGAAAGAUACUUUAAGUGCCCUUAAACAUUAUUUGUACAAGUUAAAUAAAAACUUGUGAGGCUUUGAAAAAGAAAAUGUUGUUAUUAUGACUGCAUAUGUUUUGUGAUCAAUCAUAAAUGAACUUUACAAAGAACAUAUUUUAAAACCCAGAUUAGUUUUACUGAAAGGUGAAAAGAGUUUGAUUGUCCGAUCUUUCAUCUGUGUGGUAACAUGAAUAAAAUAAAAUAUUACAGUUUAAUUGCAUAGCUGAUGACGAUGCAGAUUCAUUUCAUCAAUUGUUGCAGCUGUAGCACGGGUUAUAAGCAUUUAUCAACUCCCAGAAUGCUCUUGCCGGUGGGACAGACGCGUUUGGUGUCUUUCAGACGGUUCACACAGAACGGGAUGAGGCAGCAACCAAGAACAAACCUGAAGAAGAAAGCUGACUCUGUUAUCAUCAUCCACUUAUAAUGUAACAUAAGAAUAAGCAGACGAUGCUGUGAAAUUCCAAUGCAUCCUUAGCUCCAACACUGGCACAGAGAACUUAAAACAAACAUGAACAUAUUCAAUAAAUUGCUGUCAAAGUG